GCAAGGCGAUGCAGCCGUGGUCACCACCGAGUAACAACCAGCGGAUGCAAAUGGCCAACGGCGGCAUGGACACUGUACCGCAAAAGGGAAAUCCCCUUGACGAACAGGAAGGGAUGAAGCUGAAGCUUGACCUCAACUUGGACAUCGAGGUUGAGCUCAAGGCGCAUAUUCACGGCGACCUGACUCUGUCUCUAUUGUACGUGGUUCCCUUCUUUCUUUUCCCUCCCCCCCUUCCCCCCCUUCUUCUCCCUGGUUUUAUUUUCCCCCGUGAAUGUUCCCAUGGCAUCGGCUUAGUUAUGAAUAGGAGUUGACGAAACGACUGCAGUGCAUGAUUGCGUCGCUGUUGAUCUUUUCUACUUUUCUACGCUUGAUCUUAUCCAUCUCC